GAAAAGGAGAGAGAGAGAGAGCGAGAGAGAGAGAGAAGAAAAAAAUGUCAUUAGAGGAGGCGUAACACGUCAGUCCGUCCGCAGGUUGGUUUCCUGGAGUGGCUGAAAGGGAUCAGUCCCAACCUGCGCGCCAGGAAUAACGCUGCUCCAGCUACAGCCCGGGCUUUUUACCCUUUUUGCCACAUUUUACCCCACGGAUCCGCUUUCUUCCCCCUCUUCCAAAAAAAGCCCCGCCACGGCUGCUCUACAAACCCCCCUUUUUUCUUUCCUUUUUUUAUAUUCCUUGCAACCAGCUCGACUAAGACAAACGUAAACAACAAGAGACUGAGGCUGCGCGCUGCUGACUGACUGACUGAAGGAGUCGCGUCCAUGCGAGCUGCUGCCAUCUGAUCCAGACACACACAUCCACACACACACACAUCCACACACUCACACACACACUCCCCAUCAAUGAGGCAGCAUAUCAUGGCGGAUGGGCCCCGGUGUAAGCGGCGAAAACAAGCCAACCCGAGGAGGAAAAACGUAUUGAACUAUGAGAACGUGGUGGAGACGGGAUCAGAGACAGAGGAAGAAGACAAGCUGAUGGUGUCUGAGGAGGACGUCCUGCUAAACGGGGUCGGGAGCCCGGCCAGCUUGGCCAAUCACGAGCCGGCAGCGCCCCCGUCGCCGAGGCUGGGACAUGCGCUAAUGUCGAAGGCUGAGGAAGAGGACGACGAAAUGAGGGACAGCGGUGUGGAGCACGUUUGGCAUGAUAGUGACAUGCUGAGAGCCUCAGUCGAUGGUACCGAUGAACUAAAAGAUGACUUUGACAGCAUGGGGCCCGAUGCCACUUUACAGCCAGUUGGGAACGGUACAGUAAAGAGCAUGGACUGCACGUCCGAGUUCGAGGAGUUCUUCGCUAAGCGGAAGAUGCCCGACAGCGAAAGUCACGUGGUCAGCAUCGCCGAAUACCUCCAGCGGGGCGACACGGCCAUCAUCUACCCCGAGGCUCCCGAGGAAAUCGCCCGCCUGGGGACCCCCGAGGCCACGGGACCCGAAGAGAACGACCUGCCACCUGGAACUCCAGAUGCUUUUGCCCAACUGUUGACCUGCCCCUACUGUGACCGGGGCUACAAGCGCUUGACUUCCCUGAAGGAGCACAUCAAGUACCGCCAUGAGAAGAACGAGGAAAACUUCUCCUGCCCCCUGUGCAACUACACCUUUGCCUACCGCACUCAGCUGGAGAGACACAUGACCACGCACAAGCCUGGACGCGAUCAGCACCAACUGCUGAACCAGGGAGCUGGCAACCGCAAGUUCAAAUGCACAGAAUGUGGCAAGGCCUUCAAAUACAAGCACCAUCUGAAGGAGCACCUGCGGAUCCACAGUGGUGAAAAGCCAUACGAAUGCCCAAACUGUAAGAAGCGCUUUUCUCACUCCGGCUCGUACAGCUCUCACAUCAGUAGUAAGAAGUGCAUCGGCCUGAUUACGGUUAACGGCAGAAUGAGGAACAAUAUAAAGUCUGGCUCCUCUCCGACCUCUGCUUCUUCUUCGCCCACCAACACCGCCAUCACCCAGCUGAGACACAAGCUUGAGAACGGCAAGCCCCUUGGUCUGCACGACCAGUCCAACCACCUCAACAUCAAAUCCGAACCACUGGACUUCAAUGACUACAAGCUAAUGAUGGCCUCUCACGGCUACGGUACACCUGGGCCUUUCCUCAAUGGUGGGAUGGGUGGAGGGAGCCCACUGGGUGUCCACAACUCCCAGAGUCCCCUGCAGCACUUAGGGAUGAGCAUUGAGGGACAGAUUCUGGGGUACCCACCACUAAGCAACAACCUGAGCGAGGUGCAGAAGGUUCUCCAGAUUGUCGAUAACACAGUGUGUCGACAGAAGAUGGACUGCAAGCCGGAAGAGCUCUCUAAGCUGAAGGCCUACAUGAAGGAGCUGGGCUCCCAGAUUGAGGAGAAGAAGCAGGGCCUGGGAUCCCCUGGUGGCCCCCAGACAGGUCUUCCAGUCGUCAGUCACAACGGCGCCACCAAAAGCAUCAUCGACUACACACUAGAGAAGGUCAACGAAGCCAAAGCUUGCCUCCAAAGCUUGAAUACAGACUCUAAGAGACAAAUUAGCAAUAUCAAGAGGGAGAAGUUAAACCACACAUUAGAUUUAGGUACGGAGGAAAAGAUGCACGAGAACAACCUUAUGUUUACACCCUUUUCUUGCCAGUAUUGCAAAGAAACCUUCCCAGGUCCCAUUCCCUUGCAUCAGCACGAGAGGUAUUUGUGCAAGAUGAACGAGGAGAUCAAGGCGGUGCUGCAGCCCAGUGAAAACAUCACGCCCAACAAGCAGGGGAUGUUCACGGAGAAGCACGCCCAUCUGCUCUCUUCCAUUAUCUCUGAGAAGGGCAUUACCAGCCCCAUUAACCCAUACAAGGACCACAUGUCAGUUCUCAAAGCAUACUUUGCCAUGAACAUGGAGCCCAAUUCAGAGGAACUACUGAAGAUCUCCAUAGCGGUCGGCCUUCCUCAGGAAUUUGUGAAAGAGUGGUUUGAGCAGAGAAAAGUCUAUCAGUACGCCAAUUCCAGAACUCCUCCUUUAGAUAGGAACAGUAUGCUGGAGGUGGGUCUCCCUACCACUAACCACACCCCCAACAAAGACUCCAUGAACGCUCGGUCUCCGCUGUCUUUGAUCAAACCAAUGGACCGGAUCACAUCGCCCUCCAUUGCCGAGCUCCACAACAACAUUAACAACUGUGAUGCUCCCCUCAGGCUCUCCAAAACCCCCCAGUUCCCAGGGUCUAAACAGCUCGGAGAGAAGUUGGACCACUCCAGAAGCAACACGCCGUCGCCUCUCAACCUAUCCUCUGCCUCCUCCAAGAACUCCCACAGCAGCUCCUACACACCCAACAGUUUCACGUCCGAGGACUUGCAGGCUGAGCCACUGGACCUCUCGCUGCCGAAGUUCAUGAGGGAACCCAAGUACGUGCUUACCAUGAAGAGUCGGCCCAAGCUGAACAGCGUCCCCUUGGACCACAAUCCCAUUAUGUCGCCCCGGGAACACCUGGAGGAGCCUCUGAACCUCGCCUACCUGUCCAAGAAGGAGUUCGGCAGCCCUAACGGCAACCUGGACAAAAGCACUAGCCCCAUGUUCGGCAUUAACCCCUUUGCAGGCAAACCCCUGUAUACCUCCCUGCCGCCUCAGAACGCCUUCCCCCCGGCCACCUUCAUGCCCCCGGUACAGGCCAGCCUCCCAGGUCUCCGGCCCUACCCCACACUGGACCAGAUGGGCUUCCUUCCACACAUGGCCUACACUUACGCCACGGGAGCGGCCAGCUUUGCCGAGAUGCAGCAGCGAAGAAAGUACCAGCGGAAACCAGGGUUCCAGGGGGAGCUGCUCGACGGCACGCCAGACUAUCUCUCCGGCCUGGAUGACAUGACAGACUCAGACGCCUGUCUGUCCCGGAAGAAGAUUAAGAAAACAGAAAGUGGUAUGUACGCGUGUGACCUUUGCGACAAAACAUUCCAGAAGAGCAGUUCCCUCCUAAGACACAAAUAUGAGCACACAGGUAAACGGCCGCACCAGUGCCAGAUCUGCAAGAAGGCGUUCAAACACAAGCACCACCUGAUCGAGCACAGCCGGCUGCACUCCGGCGAGAAGCCGUACCAGUGCGACAAGUGCGGCAAGCGAUUCUCUCACUCGGGCUCGUACUCGCAGCACAUGAACCACCGCUACUCGUACUGCAAGCGCGAGGCGGAGGAGCGCGAGGCGGCCGAGCGCGAGGCGAGGGACAAGGGCCACCUGGAGCCCACCGAGCUCCUGAUGAAGAGGGCGGCUUACCUGCAGGGCCUGAGCCCAGCCGGCUACCCGGAGCGGCCCGAACGCGAGCCCAUCCUGAGGGACGGCAUCAACGGGGGCGCCAGAGAGCGCACGGCCAAAGAGGUGGAGGAAGCGGGGGGCGUGGCUUACGGAAAGCUGGGCCGGAGGGAGGACGAGUUCGAGGAGGACGAGGAGGAGAGCGAAAACAAAAGCGUAGACACGGACCCUGACACGGCGCGAGACGAGGAGGAGGCCGCCGAGCACUCGAUGGACGACAGCUCGAUGGACGGCAAGACGGAAACCAAAUCCGACCACGAGGACAUCAUCGAGGACGGCAUGUAAAGAAAGACUAAAGACUACUGUAGGCUCUAUAAGCUCCGCCCAACCUACUCCAUCCUAUCCAUCGUACGUACUCUGCUUCUCCCCCUUCUCUACUCCAUCCAACUCCUCAACAGCUUCAGUUUACGCCCCCUGGUGCACUAACCCGGCAUAUACUCCACAAGCAGACAAGCAUGGACUGGAGCUGCUGGAUCCCUGUUAACUCCACCCACUUCUGAGAGACGGGAAUUUUUUUUUUAUGGAAAUCAAAUCAAAUUAAACAUAAAAAAUGGACACUCCGCAUACAAACAGGUGUCUGACCUUAUCACAAGGUCUGGGGAAGUAAAGGGGCGGGGACAUGACGGGAAGCGAAAGGACAGGACAGGAGGGGAGGGGCUGACGGGUUUUUUUGUUUGUUUGUUUGUUUGUUCGUUCGUUUGUUCAUUUUCUUAUUUUGUAAGAAGCUGCAUUAUGCAAAAAUGAAAAAUAAAAUGAAAUACAGUUUUAAAAAUUGUACAGUAUUAAGGCCUAAAAAAUAUGUGUGGUGCUACCAUCCUAAAAAUAAAAAAACCCUGUGUUCCAUAGUAUUUAUAGCACAAAACUAGUAACUUGUACAAAAUUGCACUCCGCUAUUAUCACUACAAAAAUAAUAAAAAGUAUUGCCUAUGUAUAUUUAUACAGUGUUGAGGAAGAAAAAAGAGAAGAAGAAUAAGAAGAAAAAGAAGAAGCUGCAGCGAGGGCUGCAGUUUUUCUUUUCUUUUUUUGUCAGGUUUUUUUGUCAGUAUUAUGAAUUCUCUCUCUCCCACUGUGCCCUCUGCCGUUUUAGCCCCAGUGUUUACUCAGCUAGCAGCACACACACACAUCCACACACACACACAUACACACACACACUCUUUUAGGCCUCCAAAUUUACUCUAUGUGAAGGACGAAACUUAAAAAAAAUUAUAUAUAUAUCUAUAUUAAUAUCUAUCUGUUUGGGUUUGAAGACGUUUGUAGUCUUAAACAGACGGUGUAGAGGAAGUGUAAAGGUCCGAGCUGAGAGAUGAAGGAAGGAAGACGGGACUAAUGAAGGAAAGAAAGCCUUUGUAAGGUUGUUACAUUUUUUUUUAUUUUUUUUUGUAUUAGAGAAGAUUAAAGAAAAACAAAGCCUUAUAUGCAAACCUUUUAAUCUGUGUGUUUCUACAAGUGCCAUCCUUGUACAGCGUUGCAGGAGGGUGACGUGGUGUUGCUCUCGCCAGCAUCAGUAUUUAAAGACUCCUCGGAUAAAAAAAAAAAAGCACCCAUCUCAGUAUUAGCAGAGUAGGCACCAGUUCUUUAGUUUACAUCAUGUUUGUGCAAUUUUUUCUCUUUCGUUGCUUUUAUAUUGUUCUUUUUUUUCUCCAAUUCCUUUGUCAGUAUUACACCAAACCAUUUCGCUACAACAACGAAAAAAAAGGAAAAAAAAAAAUCAGUUCAUUUUAUUUGUAGGUUUAAAAUAACAUUUUAUUUAUGUGGCCCAUUUUGUAUUUCCUAAUUUUAUUUAUUUCAUACUGUAGUGUACAGUAUUAUAGUUCUUCAAUAUAUAGAUAUAUUUUAGUAAAAUGGAACAUGAUCAUUUGGGCAAAUUUUACGUAAAGAGAGCAUUUAUUGUGUUUUGAAAACAUUAAUUGUGAAAUGCGAAUUUUCAGCUUAUGAUAUUUUUUUUUUGUUGUUGUUUUUUUUUUCAUUAUUUUUUUUUUUUUCCAGUUACUGAAAAUUCCAAAAUUUGGGAACUUUUGAUACAAUAUUGUGAGAACACUGUAUUUUCGACUGAAAAAAAAAAUAUUCCACUUUCUUCAUCUUGUUUUUUUUAAGCUAAAAAAAAUGAAGAGGGACUGUUAAAAAUACAAUGUAUGAUAUCAUGACAGAAAAAAAAGAAUCUUUCCUGAAAUGUCUUUGUAAAAGUAUUAUUGAAUUUUUAAUUUGUAAUUCCUCUUGGAAAUGACCAUGCUCGAAUAAAAGUAGCCAAAUUAAAGGAA